AUUGCUAAUGUUAGCUUGCUAGCUAGCUAGUUCUUCGAUUUCAAGAUUGGAUUUUGUCGUGGUGUUGGCAGCUUCUGUAAUUAUGUCUAGACAAUCGAGUUUUAAACCGGUGACCCAUGUUCUUUUCGACAUGGAUGGAUUAUUAUUAGAUACAGAGAGGCUGUAUACGGUGUCUUACCAGGAAGUAUGCGACCGGUUUGGAAAGAAAUACACCUGGGACGUGAAGUCUUCUGUGAUGGGGAAGAAAGCUAUGGAGGCUUCCACCAUUAUACGAGACUCCUUACAACUACCAAUGACACCAGAGGAACUUCUCAGUGAGACUACAAAAAUACAGGAGAGGAUAUUUCCUUCAGCUCAAUUGAUGCAAGGAGUGGAGAAGCUCGUCCACCAUCUCUGUAAACACAACGUGCCCAUCGCCGUAGCGACAAGCUCAGGAGGCCUGACUUUUGAGAUGAAGACCAGUCAGCACAAAGCCUUCUUUGACCUGUUCAGCCACAUCGUCCUGGGGGAUGACCCCGAUGUGAGAAACAGCAAACCUCAGCCUGACUCCUUCUUGGUGUGUGCCAGCAGGUUCACUCCUCCUGCGCCUCCAGCCACGUGCCUGGUGUUUGAGGAUGCUCCUAUGGGUGUUAAGGCCGGCCUGGCGGCUGGGAUGCAGGUGGUCAUGAUCCCUGAUGACAAACUGGACCGAGGCCUUACCCAGGAGGCCACACUGGUCCUGAGGACCAUGGAGGACUUCAAACCAGAGAUGUUCGGCCUGCCGGCCUAUGACUGAGCUCCAUCUCCGCUUCCUGCUCAGGACUGAGAACCUCUAAUCCACCCCUGCUUUUUACAGCCCAUUUUCACCAUUUAGCCUAACCAAAGCAAUGUAAUGAUGCUAAUCACAAUGAUCACAAUGCUGAUCAAAAUUAUGCAAUGACACUGAAUUUAAUUGUUACUUGGAACUGUGAUCAAGUUGUUGUUAGGCGAAUAUUAAUAUUUUUGCUUUGGCCAAAUAAUGAGAAUGGCUGAGAAUGAUUGUUGAAUUGUCAACAUAAUGAGAUGUAAUUUCUUUGGCUGAACCUUUUACACAGGUUGGUAUUGUAAGCAGCUCGCUGGCAGUCAGUUUGAAGGCUUUUAUUGUGAUAUUGUUUGCAUCCCAAAUGGCACCCUAUUCCCUACAUAGUGCACUACUUUUGUCCAGAGUCCAACACAGUCAUUCUAGGUAAAGAUGUAUCCGUCUCUGAGUCUUAAUGUCCUUAAACAGCUUUCUUAACCAACUGGAGUUUAAGCUGUUGGAUUCUCCCUAUUUUCCCCUCUUCAUACCGUUUACCACUCUUUGAGCGGGGCCUAUUGAAAUGCCAAAGACACUUUUCCCAGCAUGGACGUGUAAUCCAAUAAAGAGGGUGAGAGAAG